GAACAUUUGAAGCGCAUGCGUGCAUCAUGGAGAAACAAAUCUACAACUUUCUCUCUCUAGAUGAGCAGCCAAUAGACACCUGGGAAUGGUUGUUCUCAUAGUCCAUUCCUGCUCCACUCGUUCUUUAUAGUUAUAUUGUCAGACCUGAGAAAAGGGAAGUAUAUUUUGUUUCGAUAGAAUGUGAAUGUCAUAAAUUGAUCCGAGCUACGCAUGCGCAAAUAGAGCUGUUAUAUAACGAAGAGAAACAGUAGUUCUACAUUUUGCUUAUCUACUGUAGAACGUACUAUACAACAGAGUAGCGCUCUCAGAACGUUGGUUCGCACAGCCCAAGGCUGCUGUGGUGAGUGCUGAAGUGUCAGUGAGUCAGUGGGCGUUGUAUCGUCGGCAAGAUGGCGUUAAAAGCAUUGGUCGGUCAAAAGAUUAUGAAUGAAGCGAUUAAAAGUAAGAAAAAGGCAGGAUCAAGUGCUGUAGAAUGGAGAGUCCUUGUGGUUGAUAAACUUGCAAUGCGAAUGGUUUCAGCAUGCUGUAAGAUGCAUGAAAUCUCUGCUGAAGGAAUAACCAUUGUUGAAGACUUGCACAAGAAACGAGAACCUCUUGCCACAAUGGAGGCAGUGUACCUCAUUACUCCAUCGGAGAAGUCUGUUCAUUCUCUCAUUAAAGAUUUUGAAUCUCCAAAUCGUGGCAUGUACAAGGCAGCUCAUGUUUAUUUCACAGAAGUAUGCCCUGAGGAACUCUUCAAUGAGCUGUGCAAGUCCUGUGCUGCAAAAAAAAUUAAAACGCUUAAAGAAAUCAACAUUGCAUUCUUGCCCUACGAAUGUCAGGUUGGUUAUUAGAUCACACUAACUGGAAUGCUAAAUAAUAUCAUUUUAUAUUGAAGAUUGUUUUUAUAUUUAAUUGUAAAUUCAUGAGUUACUAUGUAAUAUUGACCAUUAAAAGUAAUUUUUAUUGUUUUUAAUUUUCUUCCCAUCCACAUGAAAUUUCCAUUUUCAAAAGAAAUUAUUGAAAUACUCGUUUGAUGUGCACAAUUCUGAAACAUUUUUAUUUUUUGUUGUAUUUUUAAGCACUGGUGUGGUUUCUGAAAGGAAUGUCAUGUUUUUUCUUAGAAUUUCAUAUCUCUGGUUCGGUUUCCUUCUGUGAAGAAUGCUAUAAAAAAGCGUGAAGUUAUCUCUAUGCUGUUAAUAAAACUAGGCAUAAAGAAAUGGUGAAAGUGGAUCUAAUUAUUAGGUUGUGCAUGCAUUUAUUUUAAUUUUGCUACCUGUGCUUUGGCUAAUUGCACUUGUUGGAUGAGGAAUAUUCCAUUGAAAAAUGGAAUGGUUGUCAACAUAACAUUAGUUAUUUAAUAAGAUUUUAUUUUUGUAUAAAUAUAUUCCACGACUUCAAACAUUUGAUAUAAGUAUAAUAAUAAGUUUAAUUGUAUUAAUAUUUAGAAUACUAUUUAUUCACUGGCUCUUGAUGUUUGAUUCUCAUCUCUUGUCAUCUCUGCAUGGAAGUUAUACCUUCUGAUGAGAGAGAUGGCCAUUAAAUAAAAUAUCAGGGCACUGGAAAAAUCAGUAUUUGAUUUUUUUAAAUAUAUAGAUAAUAUAUUGAGCUUCUUCCUUAAGUAAAUGAAACUUUGUAUAAUAUUAUUAGUUGUAGUUUUGGCUUCAAUUUUUAUUUUAAAUAGCAAAUUUGUAUUUGGAAAGUUUGUAAGUAGAAUUAAGAGGAGUCUUUUAAGCGGGUGUUUGUUUUUUCUUCUUCUUUUCCUUACAAUUUUUAAAAUGUAAUGUAAUUGCUUUUGCCAGGUUUUCUCAUUAGAUUCUCCUGAUACAUUUCAAUGCUUUUACAAUCCCAACCCAUCCUACGCAAGUGGACGAAACGCUAAUAUGGAACGAAUGGCUGAACAGAUUGCAACUUUGUGCGCCACUUUGGGUGAAUACCCAUCUGUCCGCUAUCGAAGCGAUUUUGACAAGAAUGUUGAAUUGGCUCAGUUGGUGCAGCAGAAAUUGGAUGCCUAUAAAGCUGAUGAGCCCACAAUGGGUGAAGGGCCAGAGAAAGCACGUUCUCAAUUACUUAUAUUGGAUCGUGGAUUUGAUUGCGUGUCUCCUUUACUCCACGAGUUAACUUUGCAAGCUAUGGCGUAUGAUUUGAUACCAAUUGAGAAUGAUGUUUACAAGUAUGAGGCAACGGCUGGAGCUCCUGAAAAAGAAGUGCUAUUAGAUGAAAAUGAUGAUCUGUGGGUGGAACUGCGACAUCAACAUAUUGCCGUUGUGUCCCAGAAUGUUACAAAGAAUUUGAAAAAAUUCAUUGAAUCCAAACGCAUGCCUACUGGAGAUAGACAGUCAAUGCGUGACUUGUCUCAGAUGAUAAAGAAAAUGCCCCAAUAUCAGAAAGAACUUAGUAAAUAUUCCACUCAUUUGCACCUUGCAGAAGAUUGCAUGAAAGCCUACCAAGGAUAUGUUGACAAGCUGUGUAAAGUGGAACAGGAUUUAGCUAUGGGUACUGAUGCAGAAGGUGAGCGUAUUAAGGACCAUAUGCGUAACAUUGUACCUAUUCUGCUGGAUCAAGGUGUCAAUAAUACAGAUAAAAUGCGCAUUAUUGCUCUCUAUAUUUUGUCCAAAAAUGGCAUCAGUGAAGAAAACUUGAACAAACUUGUGCAACAUGCCCAGAUUCUUCCACAAGAGAAGCAAGCCAUAUUGAAUAUGGCUAAUUUGGGUCUUAAUGUUGUUGUUGAUGGAAAUCGCAAGAAAGUGUACCAAGUUCCUCGUAAGGAACGAAUCACUGAACAGACAUACCAGAUGUCUCGCUGGACUCCAGUUGUUAAGGAUAUAAUGGAAGAAUGCAUUGAAGACAAAUUAGACCAGAAGCAUUUCCCAUAUUUGGCAGGUCGUUCUGCUCCUUCAGGCUACCAUGCACCCACAAGUGCAAGGUAUGGUCAUUGGCACAAAGAUAAAGCACAACAGACUGUGAAAAAUGUGCCAAGAAUUAUUGUUUUUGUUGUUGGAGGAAUAUGUUUCUCAGAAAUUCGUUGUGCAUAUGAAGUCACUAAUGCAGUGAAGAAUUGGGAAGUCAUAAUUGGCUCUUCUCAUGUUCUGACUCCAGAAUAUUUCCUCAGCAGCUUGUCUAAUCUCAGUAAUGCUGCAUCCACAUUUUAAUCACGUAUUUGGGUGAUUGGUGACAGACAUGGUAAGCCACAGAAAGAAUUAAUUGUCUCUAAAAGUAUGUGUAUUUUUAUUCCCUUGUUCAUGAAGUUGCAUUGACAUAUUAAAAAGGAGACUGGCCUAUAGUUCGUAGUCACCAAUUUCUCAAAUUUUUAACCUAUAAAGGACAGUUAAAUGAUUCUCUUUAUCAUGAUUUCACUGUAAAGAUUGUAUGAGUUAGAUUAAAGCAUGAUGUAAUAUUAUGUAGUUAAGUUAAUUAUGUUGUUAUGUUUCUAUAUUAGUCAAUUGGCACAAUGCUGAAUGUGUAAAUAAUGUUGAUCAUUUUCGAAGUAUUCUAUGCCAGUGGCAUUUCUCUUUUAUACAGAAGCAUAAUAAAGAGCCUUAAUUAUUAAGUGAGAAAAGAUAUCAGCAAUAUGAAAGUGUGUAUGUGUUGCAUCAGUACCCUAUGAUUGUUAUUUAUUGUAGUAAACAUGCUUGUAAGAUGGUUAUUGCAUAGAGAUUAUUGAAUUGUUACUUAUGGGAAGAACAGAAAGUCAUUGUUUUGUAUAUUAUUGAAUUUAGAGUAAUAUUGUUCUUAAAAAUAUGCCUUUGUACAUAAUACCGGAAAUAUUUUAGAAGAGGUAGGUUGUACUGCAUCAAUGGUCAGUGAAGUAUUUUUGUUAGAAGGUUCAUAUCAUGGAUUUUACACUAUACUAAUUCUUGCACAUCAGUAGUUUUUCCUCAGUUAAUUGAAAUGUACUUUAAAAAUUUCAAAUCUGUUUCUUAAUGAGGUCAUUACAAUUUCAGAAGAAUCUGUAGAGGUGAAAGAUUGGCCUCAAUGAUGUGAUAGUGAUGCUACUGAAAUUCUAUAUAAAACUUAGAGAAAUGUUUUUCUGGGUUUGAAUGAAAUGAGUCUUUAUAGCUAAAGAUUUAGAUUCAAUUUAGGUAGAAUGUUAUACUCGUCAGAAAAUUAUAAAUGUGUUUUACUUUCUCUUCUACAUACGAUCGGAUUCAAUGAAAGUAUGUAGUUUAUGUGCUUUUAAACAAGAUAGUUUAUUUUAUUUAAUUUAUUUCAAGGAUUUAAUUAAUUAAACUAAUUUUUGGGAUGCUGAUCAGUUAGUAGUGUUGUCAGUCAUUACACUGGAGUGAUAGUGAUCAAUUCAACUUUAUUUUAACAAGAAAUAAACAAAAUAUACAUUUCUAAUUCAUGUAUUUCUUAGAUGUGUGUUGUAAGCCUAAUAUCUUUUCAAUUAUUAGAACAUUUGUAGGCCUUGAGAAUAAUAUUACAAAAAUAUUCUGAUUCACUUUGUCUUAGAUAUCCAUGUCAUCUUGGGAGAUUCAUUGAAACAUUAAAUUGUAAUUAUAUUUUAUAAAACAAUUAGCGCUAGUUUGAAUCAUUAUAAGGCAGAUUUGUCUUUGAAAAUAAUCAUUUCAUCUGUAGCUUACAGUAAAAAUAAUUUUACAUAAAAUAAAUAUCCUAAUUAGUACUUGCAAUAUAGGAUAGCUCCUUUAUGUGAACUCGUUUUUGAAUCGAUUAUUUCUUAAUUGGCUAUUUUUAUUGAAUGUAUGUAUUCUACAACUUUUAAUAGUAUAAACAAAGAUCCUACGUGAGAGAUUAAUACUGUCACAUGUCACUGGGUUAUGGAACACCAAGACUUAAUGACAUUUUUUCCUCCUUAAAUUAGUUGGUUUUUGUGUAUUUUCAAUUACGUGUAAUAGAUUGUAGUUAUAUUUGUCUACAAAUGCUUUAUGAUUUUGAGUGAAAAUUGUACCUUACUUAAAGAACAUAAAUGCAUUUGUUCUUACUCCUAAAAUUUCUGGUAUGUGUUGAGCCUUCUUCCUUAUAUAAAAUUAAUAGAGUUCUUAAUGAAUAAUCUGCAAACUUGUUUACUUUUUGUUAUAAAAAUGAUGUGUUAUAUUGUAGAUGUAUACCACAAAUUUUUCAAUAAUGCUUGAAAAAAUAAAAUGUCGGAGCCUACUGGCAGAAUUGUGCUCUAAGGCUCGAUCUGGUAGCCUCCCAUAGUUUAGACUUACUGGCAAAGGAAAAGUACAGCAGUCCAUUACAGUGUGCAAAACAGAAGUGUUAACAAAUGGUUAACAUGUGUGUAGAAAAAUGCCUGUAACUGGUGACCAGAAAAAUGUGCAAAUUACCUAUGGUGUGUGCUUUUGUUCUAAGGUAUAACAUGUAUACUAGGUUACAGAGCUUCAAGAAAUUUACUGAAGUGAUCUUUAAUAAGGAAUUAAAUUGUAAUGUUUAAUGGAUAAGAUUGCAAUUUCACAAAACACACUGUAUUAAUUGGCUCUUGUUCUUAUCUGACUAGAUGUUUACAAUGUGAAAUCUAGCUCAAGCAGUAAAUAAUGGAAGUUGCAUUAAACAGCAUACAUAAACAUUUACUUAAAAUCAAUUCUAGUAAUGAAAAUGGAUUUUCCUCUUGCAAGGAUGUAUAUGUACAAUUGAUCUCUAUCUAUUAAUGACAGUAUUGUGGUCUUUAAAUGUGUCUGAUAGCAGUACAUUUUGAACUAUGAAUGUUUUGCUGCCACUAAAUGGUUCUUCUAGUCAUUCCAAGAAUAAUCAACUUGUGUACCGUAUAUGAAAAGAUUGCAAGUGUGGGAGUUAUGAAAUGACAUUCCUUGAUUUUUGUUUUUGAAUGGUUUUGUGGAUUCAGCAUUACGUAUGCAUUAUAUAAGUUAUCAGUCCUGAAGUGGAUUAUCAAAAGUCUUCAAUUAAAUUCCCAACUACUUAACAAUAUGUGAAAUUUAUUGAAAAUGCUACAUUAAAUGCAUAGGAUUAAAGCUAUGAACUUUUGAUUGUUCACUAGAACUGAUAAAUUAUUUUGUAGAAUUUUCUUGUUAUAUUUUCACUUCUUGAUUUUACUGGAAAAUUUGUCUUGUGAAUUUUGAUUGUGCAGUUUUUGAAAAUAUAAAUUGUGUUGAGAACAAAACUUUGUGUCUUAUUAUGAAUUUUAACCUCUGUGAAGAUUGUCCAAGGAAAUGGGAAUUUAUUUAAAAAUUUGAAGAAAUGAUGCACAAAAACCACAUGAUUGUAAAUAAUAAAUGAAGCUCAUCUGUUAUUCUUUAAAAUAGUUUUUUAUUUCAAGGUUGUUUCCAUGUGACCUCUUGACUAGUCAUGCCCUAAAGAGCAAGGCCAUACAUGAUAAGAAAUCUCUGGAAGUAAGUAUUCCAUUAAGGUACCAGACUACACAAGUGAACAGUGGUUAAAUUUUAUAGUCUCAUUUAAUUCUUACAAUAAUCCAAUUUAAAUAUUUGUGAUUAAUUCAGUUGCAGAAUUAUGACUUCACAACGAAGUGUAGUUGUACUAGCUUAUAGUGGAGGACUUGACACAUCAUGUAUUUUACAAUGGUUAAUAGAGGAGGGAUACGAUGUUAUUGCGUAUAUGGCAAACAUUGGUCAAGAAGAAGAUUUUGAGGCAGCAGAAAAAAAGGCUCAGAAAAUUGGAGCAAAGAAGGUGGUUAUUGCAGAUCUACGCAGAGAGUUUGUAACGGAUUUUAUUUGGCCAGCUGUUGGAUCAGGUCUUAUAUACGAGAGCCGAUAUUUAUUGGGUACUUCUCUUGCAAGGCCUUGCAUUGCUGAAGGUCUUGUUGCCAUAGCACGGUCUGAAAAUGCUCAGUUUAUAUCUCAUGGAGCAACUGGAAAAGGAAAUGAUCAAGUGCGGCUAGAACUUGCUUGUUAUGCCUUGUUCCCGGGGAUUAAGAUGUUAGCACCAUGGAGACUUCCAAAAUUUACAAAGCGAUUCCAAGGUAGACAAGACUUAUUGAAAUAUGCUGUUGAACAUGGCAUACCUGUUCCAGUAACACCAAAGGCACCAUGGAGCAUGGAUGCAAAUAUAAUGCACAUAAGUUACGAAUCUGGCAUUCUGGAAGACCCAGCUGAAAUUGCACCAAGCAACUUGUAUCAAAUGACUUUGGAUCCUGCUCAAGCUCCAGAACAACCUUGCUAUCUCCAGAUAUUCUUCAAAAACGGUGUACCUACACAAGUGGUACAAAUUGACACUGGUAAUACAGUUGAAGAUCCAUUAGAAUUAUAUCAACUACUGAAUAACCUAGCUGGCAAACAUGGUGUGGGUCGCAUUGACAUUGUUGAGAACCGUUUCAUAGGAUUGAAGUCCCGAGGUGUGUAUGAGACACCUGCAGGCACAGUUUUACAUUCGGCUCACCUGGAUCUUGAGGCAUUUUGCCUGGAUCGUGAAGUUCUUCGAAUUAAAUCAUAUCUACGUGACCGUUUGGCUGAUUAUGUUUAUAAUGGAUUUUGGUUUAGCCCUGAAUGUAAUUAUGUUCGCAAAUGUCUACAAAAUGCCCAAGAUAAUGUGACUGGCUGGGUGAAAGUGAAACUUUUCAAAGGAUCAGUGUUUUCUAUUGCACGCAGUUCUCCUCAAUCAGUAUACAACCAAGAUCUAGUGUCCAUGGAUAAGCAUGGAGACUUUCAACCAGAAGAUGCUACUGGUUUCAUUCGCACCCAUGCUAUACGCCUACAAGAAUUUUAUCGAAAAAAUACAAAUGAUGAUUGAUUCUGAUAAUUAUACACAUGUGUAAUAUGAACACAACAUACACACAAUGUGUUGCUAGAUCCUCAAGGAUGUGAGAAUCAGAAAUAAAAGAAAACAAUAAAAGCCAGAAAUAACUCUUUAUUUUUUACAUGAUAAUAUAUAUUUACAUGUACAGGCAUUUACUGCACACAUAGAAAAUUAAAAAAGUAUUAACAAAAUUAUAUUUCAUAAAAUACUUAUAUGUUACACAUAUUUCACCAAUUCUCUCACCUCAACACAAAAUGAUAAAUGAAACUAAGUAAAUUCAACAUGUACAAAACAAUCGUAGCACUUUAAUUGAAGUUUUUACUUUCAUAAGAAUCUAAGUGCCAAGUACAUAAUCCAUAUUCAAGUUUUAUGGAAACAUGGAAACAAACAUUUGAAAGUCAAAUUUCAGAUAUUUAUUUAGAAUAUUUAUAGCACUAUAUAAACAGAAGAUACCUUUGAAAAUUAUUGGGGACACAGAUCCAUUCAAAUUUAUUAACCAAGUAAUCGAGAUUUUUAGCCCUUACACCCUUAUUAAAAUCAAUUGAUUUAGUUUCAUAGAUAUGGUCUCAAAAUAGAAAGAUGUUUAAAAAAUGUUACAUUUUUUAUUGCACUAUAUUUGCCUGAAAUUUAAUAUUCGAGCAUGCACAAUUCAGUAUUUGAAAAUAAUUUGUGAAACAAAUUAUCUCUCAACAUUUCUUAAAAUUGUAUUAAAUUAAAAUACUGGAUUCCCAUUCUCUUCCAUUUUUUUUACUUAAUUGAACUAAUAUUGUAUUAAGUAAUACUAUCCAAUCAAAAAAUCAAGAGGGAAUACAUUACACCCUUACCCUUCACAAACCCACUAUUUAAUACAUUUGAAAUGCUCCUACUUUACAAAGGUCUUUCUUUCAAAACUAUUACCUACUCAUAUAGGUAAUGUUUGAAAUGCAUGCACAGAAUCAAUAAAUACUUUCACCUUUUCUGGUUCCAUGUCAGGAUAGAUCCCAUGACCAAGGUUGGCUAUAUAGCGAUCAGUUCCAAAUUUAUUUAACAUUUCACGGGUUAACGACUGAAGAGCAUUAUCAGGAGCAUAUAAAGCACAAGGAUCUAGAUUACCUUGGAGUGUUAUACUAGGCCCAACAAUAUUUCUAGCUUCCUCUGGAUUAACAGUCCAAUCUAUUCCCAUUACAUCAUAACCACAUUUAGAUAUUUCAAGUAAUGCAUAGUGAGCACCUUUCGCAAAAAUUGUCAUUGGCACAUCCAAACUUUUUGCCUUCAACUUACUUUUUACUUUAGAACAAAUAUCUUGGAGGACAGGCAAACAAAAUUCAAGAAAAAGUUCCCGCCCCAAAUAUUCUGCAUUUGAUUCAAAUACUUGCAAUAACUGAGCACCAGCCUCAGCUUGCAUAACUAGAUAAUCAACUAUAACAUUUGCUAGCAUGUCUAAAAGGUGUUUAGUUUUUGCUGGAUAUUGAUAUAACCACGCUUUUGCUUUUGAUAAAGUUUUCGAUCCACCUCCUUCAAUCAUAUAAGCCAUUAAGGUCCAUGGGGCUCCUGAAAAACCAAUCAAAGGUACUUUACCUUCUAGUUUAUGCCGAGUCAGUGUAAUAGCCUCUGCAACAUACUUGAGUUUCUCAUUCACGUUAACUGGAUAUUCCAAAUCUGAGAUGUCAUCAGGGGAAUGCAAAGGUUUCGGUAAUACUGGUCCCACACCAGCUCUCAUUUCUACAACCAUGCCAAGUGCUUGAGGUACAACAAGAAUGUCAGAAAAAAUUAUGGCAGCAUCCAAUUCGAAUCGGCGAAUAGGUUGAAGAGUAACUUCUGCUGCCAACUCCGGUGUCUGGCAUAUAGUAAAAAAAUCAUGUUUGGAUCUGACCUGGCGAAACUCUGGCAAAUAUCUUCCAGCCUGUCGCAUUAUCCAAACAGGCACUUUGUCAACUUCUUGACCUCGCGCAGCUCGAAGAAAGCGAUCGUUUUUCAGCGGUGGAAAAUCCAUUUUAUUAGGCUUGAAUUGCAAUUUUAUUUUUUUCACAAUCGCUGAUCUAUGCCUACUCGCUCCUCAAGUUGACAGUGCCAAGUCAUAAACAAUUGCAAAUGACUUGCACCACACGCAUACUUUCCUAAAAUUAUUUGAUGAAAAAUCCUCCAAGUUUCUGUACUAAAUGACGGGCAAAGCUCAAAAGUUUGCUCUUCUCACUUCCACAUUUUCAGCAUUUUUCAUCGCAAAAAAAUGCCGAAAAACACACCCUACUUGCUUACUGUACUGUCUAAAACAUAAACUAUACAAGGCGCUCCACGUGCGUCAUUUAUUUUAGGCGCGCAAUCAGCUGACAAAGCAUGACUUGGGCCAUCAUGGCGGAAGAGGAAGACGAGAUUGAUAUUUUGGGUGAUUCAGAUUAUAAUCUAGAUAAUCUUCUGACAAAGGACGACGGUCGCUUGGGGUCGUGUUAUGUAAGUGGUGUGCUUGGGCGUCAAGGAGCGGAGCUUUUGAAUUGCGACUACAAUAUCGGCUCCCACUGGUUAUUAGAUGCACCAAAUCAAUCGUGUUGGUAUGCUACAGCAGAUGAAGCAAAGUCUUAUGAUCGCAAUCAGUUUAGUUUUCCGAGCUCGCUUGCCAGUGGCGUCUCGGAUUCUCUUCCUUCAACAUCUCAAUGGGAUGACAAUGACAGUUGGACAGACAAAGAAAAAUCAUUGCUGGAGCAGGGUUUGGAAAUUUUUGGACAUAGUUGGACACAACUGGCUCAGUUUAUUGGAACAAAAACUACCCAUCAGGUGAAGAACUAUGUAACUUCGCAAAACAUACAUUUUGGUCAGACUGCUGAAAACUUUAAUUUCGAUUCUUCAAAUCAUGGUAAUUCAGAAGUGUUCAAUUUCUCAGAAUUAAUAGAUGAUAUGCAAAUACCUGCAUCAAUGGAAGAGGUAAUUGCUGUGGUGAGUACAGCACAGCCAACUAUUCCUUCAUUAGCGAAAAGGAACCAUUCAUCUUCAUCUACUGUUUCUCGAGAAACAAAUUGUACAAGUGUCAGAAGAAAAGAUGCACAUGAAAAAAUGAAAAACAAACGAGGAAGACCACCACUACCAAAACACUGUAGUGAGAAGAGAGAUGUUAAAACAAUUUAUGGGGCUCCAAAGAAGAAUAAACUUGAGCCAGUUUCUAACUCUGUUGUUAGGCUGUCCACAGUUGAACAAGUUGUACGAAUAAAGAAAGAAAGCAGUCUUGAUUCUGAUGAUGAUGCUGAAAUAGAAGUGGAAGAUAAAGAUUUCUCUGCUAGUGAAAUAAUUACUACAAGUAAUAAAGAGGAAUCUGUAAUUAAAUAUCAAGAGGAGGUGAAAAUAUGUCCUAGAACAGAAAAAAUUGUGGAAGUAAAAUUGGAGAAUGCAGUUAGGGAACAAGCACAUGAGUGUGAACAAUUUGAUGUUAAUGUCAGUGGAAGAGAAACAAAAGAAUGUGAUGGUACUAAUCUAGAGGAGGCAGCCAGGUCUGGUCACUCUCAUCAUGAAGUUCUUGAAUUGAUAUUCAGUAUGCCACCACCAAGAGAAGAAGUUUUUCUCGACACUGAGGUGAUAAGUGAUGAUGAACGAAUGAUACAUAUGGAGUUUUUUGAAGGGCGAUCUGCCAAAACACCUAAACGUUACUUGAAAAUUCGUAAUCAUAUAUUGGAAUGCUGGCGGCAAAGUCGUCCAGCAUACAUAACUAAAACGUCUGUGCGAACUGGUUUGAAACAUUGUGGUGAUGUCAAUUGUAUUGGGCGUAUACAUGCAUAUCUGGAACAAAUAGGAGCUAUUAAUUUUGGCUGUGAACAAGCACGGUACUUAAAUGCUGCUGCUCAGAGUAUACCAAUUGUUCCUACACACAAGAAAAUUAGUAAAGAUGAACUAGCUGCUAUGCAGCAGGCUCGGAUUGGUGCAAUGAGACCUCGUAAGAAGAAAAAGAAUCCUGCAUUUACUCUUGAUGGAGAUGGAGGCUACACCAUUACACACAGUGAAAGUGGGGAAGCUAUUCACACAACUGUUGUUCAAGAUACUGUGUCAAAAGGAAAUAAAGGACAGUCUACUAAAACGAAAACUAUCAAACUUAUCUAUUGCCAAAAAUAUUCAGACUCCAAGCCUGCUCCAUUUAUUGUUCACAUGAAUGUGGAGGCUCUUUUGGUGGUCGACAUGCAUGCUCACUCUUCUCAUACUGAGGUGGCGGGAUUACUUGGAGGCACAUUUGAUGUAGCUAAUAGUGUGCUAUACAUCAAGAGGGCUUUGCCAUGUCGCAGCAACAGUAGUGGUGUUCACUGUGAUAUGUGCCCAGUUUCCCAGACGGAAGCAAGUGAAAAGUUGCAAGGAGCUAAUUUAGAAGUGGUAGGGUGGUAUCAUUCACACCCCACAUUUCUCCCUAACCCCUCUCUUCAGGAUUUGAGUACACAAAGCAACAUCCAACAGUGGUUUUCUCAGACAGCGGCUUCACCUAUUGUUAGUUUUAUAUUGGCACCAUAUUGCCCUAUUAAUCCAACUCUAGCAUCUCAGUUCAGAUGUCUCACAGUUCAUUCUGAUGAGAUAGAGACGACACCAUAUGGAACUCCUUACAUGUUUUCAGUAACAGUGACAUCACAUGGACUGAAUGUGGCAAAUAUGUUAAAAGAUAUGGCAGCCAUAUUUUCUCUUGUAGAGGAAAAUCAGCAAGUUGCUGUCGAUUUUAAUUCUGAAUUUCAAAUGAGUCCUUCUAUUUCAUUCAAACAAAAGUGUGUUGAAAGUGCCAAACUACACUUGGCAUCAUGCAAACCCAGUAUCCCUCAUGCUCUUCAAAACAGUGUUGUGCAAGGCAUUAUGCAAGCUUGUGGUACUCUUGCUUUAGCAAGAGGAGAUUGUCACAGCAGGAGCACUAGUUAACAGUUCAAAUAGUUGAAAGAUACAAAUUAAUGGACCAUGAAUGAAUUCGUAUGGUGACUUGGUUGGGUGGUGACACACACAUCUUGGUGGUGACUUGUGAUACUAUAGAAGAAGUUUUUUUGGGGGGAAACACACUAUGUCAGAAAGAUAACAUUGUUAAAUCAUUUGAGUAGCUCAGAUAAGGGUUUACCCACAAUUUAUUAUAGCUUGAAAACAAUUUUGAAAGGUAAUGUGCAUGAAUUGCAGUAUUAUUUUUAAUCUUAGUGUACAAAUAAUUUAUCAUUUUUAAUGAGAAGUUGUUGCUGAAAUGGAACAGACUGGUAUUCAAACAAUCAGUCAAAUUAUUUUUUGCAACACAGAGUGUGGAUAAAUUUGCAAGAAUGUAUCACAAUUUGAUUUCUGUUAUAUUUUUGUACAUAAUGAAUUAGUGUUGUCACUGUGUUAUUUGUAUAGUUAUAUAUUAUGAAUUAUGGCUAUAAAUAUAAUGUUCAUAUCUUGUUCAUUAUAUACAUAUUAAAUCUAAUCUUUGUUAUUAAUUUUUUUCUUAAAGAGUAUUCUGUAAAGUUUAGUAAACAUUUAACACUAACACAUUAAAUAUUAAAUGUAAACGUGAUGAAUAUCACAAUGUUUUAAAUGUGUACGUUGAAUGAGACUCCAUUAACAUUGCGCCCACACUUGUUUAUUAGACAGCAAGUUUUUUUGUUGGCAAGGAAGACAGAUACAGAUGAACUUGGUAUUUGAAUUGUGUGAACUGCGUAGUUUUUAAAUAUUUUAUGAAGUUUCUGGCUAGAUUACAAUUCAUAGAUGAUAUUUGUAUUGCAACAAAUACUGAUGAGGAGCUUAAUGUUACCCACUCCCUCCUCGCUAGAGCUCAGGAAGUUGUAAUUUGAAGCACUACUCUACCCAUUUAAAAUGGCAUUGUAGCCCAAAGUUUUGCCGAGUGACUUAACAUGAUUUCCACUCCUGCUUGAAAAUAUUCAAGAUACUAAAAAUGUUAAUUUCAACAUUCAGGUUCGGGUAAAAGCACCAAUAACAGCCAAAUUAAAAACGUUUUUGUUUGUGUAGUACUAAAUUCAUUAAGUGAAACUCAAAGGGACAUUAGCAUACCUCUUUCUGACUAGAUCCCUUACUUAAUAAUGGUUAAUUUUGUAAUUUGUCCUAUUUUUUAGUAAUUUAUUUCCCAACCCCAAUUUUGUUCUAGUAAUGGUCACUUGAAAAUUGGAAAAUUCUUGUAGUGGUCAGAUACUCAACUCAGUUUGCUAAUCGAUAUUCUAGCCUGAGCUGGUUUUCAAACAAAAAAGAGUACAGAAAAAGUCCAGAAAGUACCAAUUCAUAGUACAUUAUUCCAAUAAGAUAUUUUCCGCACUUAUUCUUAAAAUAUAUUCGUUAUUUAUUAUUUGUCCUUGUUUUUUCAUUUUUCUUUAUUUAAUUCUCACCACUAGAAGGUUUAAGCUCCAUGUUCUGCAAGUUUGAAGCAAGUGAGAAGCCUUCAAUACUUGGUUUUCAAAUUUUAUACUGAAGUGGCCACUUCUAGUGUUGUUACCGUAGCAUGUUUAGUAGUGGAGAUAUAAUGAAUCUACCUUAAUAUUUGGUAAAACCACUUAAAUUUGGUAGUACAGAUCCACCACAUAAGUUAUACAUUUUCUACAAUAUUUUGAACCUUGCAUUAUUAGGAAUAAAUAUAAACUUGAUGCAUUUUAUGAGGUUUAUUUAUGAAUUUUGUUCCCUUAUAGCUUGUAAUGCUUGUGAAAUAUCAGCAAUUAUGUCAUCUUUUGCUUCAAGACCAACUGACAUGCGAAUCAAGUUGUCUGUGAUUCCAAGGCGAGUUCGUUCCUCAGGUGUUAGGGCAGUAUGUGUCAUGAGAGCCGGUAUCAUUGCUUGGCUUGUAUAGUUUCCCAAGCUUCCUCCAUGUCGUAUUAUCUUCAAGGAAGCAAGAAAUAUUUUAGUUUCAUGAAGUCCACCCUUGAUAUAAAAAGAUAUCAUACCACUGUAUCCAUAGCAUUGCUUUUUUAGUAAUGUAUGCUGAGGAUGGGAAGGUAAACCUGGAUGAAGAACUUUAUCAACUUGAGGGUGUGAUUCCAAAUAUAAUCCUACUGCCAUGCUACUCUUCAUGUGCUGUUCCAUUCGAAGGGCCAAUGUUUUCAGGCUGCGGUUGACAAGGUAACAGUCAAAUGGGGAUGGUACUAUGCCCAUUACUAUUUUGUAAAAACUUGAGCUUCUCAUAAAGAUGUAAAUCAUUAACUGCAACAGAUCCCAUAACUACAUCUCCAUGACCAUUCAUGUAUUUAGUUAAGGAGUACAUGACUAUAUCAGCUCCUAGAGAAAGAGGUUUCUGAAAGUAAGGUGUCAAGAAUGUAUUGUCAACUGCAACGAUUACGUUUUCAUGCUGAUGUGCUAUUUCUGAAACUUUUGCAAUGUCCGUAAUCUUUAGUAGAGGAUUUGUUGGAGACUCCAACCAGAUAAGCUUAGUUUCUUUCGUAAUUGCUUGCUCUACGUUCGAAAGAUCACUGAAAUCCACAAAGUUAGUUUGUAUGUUGAGUCUUCCUGCUACCUUACUUAGUAAUCUGUGGGAACCACCAUAUAGGUCAUCUCCUGCUACUAUAUGAUCCCCGGGAGACAGAAGAUUCAGAACUGCAGUUGUAGCUCCUAGUCCCGAAGAAAAGCAUAGCGCGUAUUUGGCAUUGUCUAAUGAUGAAAGACAUUGUUCUAGCAUCUGCCUUGAAGGAUUUCCAAAUCUUCCGUAUAAAAACCCCUUGUUUUGAGAUGGCCCUUGCUGUUGAAAUGAUGUAGACAGUGAUAUGGGCGGCACAAUUGCAUUAUAUGCAUCAUCAUCUGGAGUAUAUCCUUCAUUGAUGGCUCUGGUAACAAAUCCAAAAUCAUCUCUUUCAAGGUAAUCUUCAUACAUUUUCUUUCCGGAUUUACAGCAAAUUUCCCUAAUUUUGAUUGCUUUCACUUGUUAUUUUCUUUCCUCACUCGAGAUCACUGUCGUACGAUGUCUCAGCAGGACUGCAG